AUGUCUCUCCCACUCCUCCCAAAGCGCGGUCUCAAGCCUCGCGAAGUCACCGCUCUCCUCGUCAUGGUCGCAUCCCAACUCAUCAUCGGUGUUAUGAUGCUGCGAAUGAUGAUGGCCAAUCAGGGUGCGAACAGUGUUGGGUUUACCGAAGUUCUUCCUACUGUUGAAUCCGCAUUCCCAGGUGCGCAUUGCGAGGCUCAGAUGAACGAUGCAAAGAAUGGAAAGAAUGGCAUGAACGUUAGUGGAAAUAUCGACUGUGGCCACUUUCAAAAAGACGCACUGAUGAAGGAUUUCAAGAUGGGUCAGGGUAUCGAUGCUUCGGAGUAUCUGCUCAGAACGAACAUCGUCAUCGGUAAUCGUAUUACGUGUCAUCGGGCUUUUGUGACGGAGAAGAAGAGUUCUUUGGUGAAGGGUCUGUGGGAUGUCAUUGAGGGGAUCUACGAACUUGAGGAAAUGGCUGCGGUUUCCAAGACUGAAGAUAGCUCUGCUCGACAUUCUGGAACUCAACGCGUUCUUCAAAAGGGAGGUGGAGCUGCAGAUGGUGUCAAGGAAGAUUGGGAGAAAAUAAUCAGUUUCCGCGCCGAGGUCUCAUAUAUGGAGGAUCAAGUUACCGGGUUCCGCAAGGCGGUGGAGGAGAUCAUGGAGAAGGAUGAUGUGGAGGGAGUUUUGAACAUGGUUCGGAAGAGUCUGAAGGGUUUUGGACCGAACGAAAACUUCAAGCAAGGGGAGAAGAGCGAUGGAAAUUCCGAGGAGAAGAUCAAGUUUGCUCAGGAGAGUAAAGAUAAAGUCAAUCGCGCAUUAUCCGGUCUGUGGGAGAUUUUUCAAGACAUGGAUGAAGAGAUGAAAGAUACAGAGCGCUGGUUGCGAGACACAGAGGGCGGCUGUAAAGAGCGUUGUACAUGA